CGAGAGCCCGGCCGGCGCGCCGCCUCUCGGUGUUGUUGUUGUGGUGGCGGUGCGAGAGGAGGCGGCGGCGGCAGCAGCGAAGCCCACGCGGGUCCGAGGCCAUGGCGCCCGGGCACCGCUACACGCACAGUAGCCGCGACCACUACGACGUCUUCAGCAGCAGCAGCAACAACGACUGCCAGGAGACGAAGACAAAGGAGGAGGCGGAGAAGUUGAACAGUGAUAGUAAUAAUAAGGAGGAGCAGUAAACAUCGUGACGGCGACAGGCCCAGCUGCUGCGCUCUGACCAUGCAGCGUGCCGUGAACAGCCUUCGCUUCAACCAGGAGCAGAGUGAGCUGGGGGGCAUUCGUGAACCGGCGGCGGGGGGCACCGUGAGGGGCUGUUUCUGCUGUGCCAUGGAGAGUGGUUUGAGGAUUUACAACGUGGAGCCUCUCAUGGAGAAGGCUCACCUAGAUGUUGAUCAGGUGGGCAGUGUUGGGAGAGUGGAGAUGCUGCAUCGCUCCAACCUUCUCGCCUUGGUUGGUGGAGGCUCCUCGCCCAAAUUUGCUGACAACUCUGUUCUCGUGUGGGACGACGCGCGCGAGGGCCGGGACGCCCGGGAUAAGUUGGUGUUGGACUUCACGUUCACGAGCGCCGUGCUGGCCGUCCGUAUGCGCCACGACAAGAUCAUUGUGGUUUUGCGGUACCGCAUCUACGUCUUCACCUUCCCAGACAACCCACAAAAAAUAUUUGAGUUCGACACACGAGACAAUCCAGACGGUCUGUGUGAACUGUGCCCCAGCCUGGAAAAGCCCUUGCUCGUGUUUCCAGGACACAAGUGUGGGAGCCUCCAGCUGGUGGACCUGUCCAACACGAAGCCCGGCACGUCAUCGGCGCCCUUCACCAUCAACGCUCAUCAGGGCGAGAUUGCCUGCAUCGCCCUCAACCAGCCAGGCAGCCUCGUGGCCUCUGCCUCCAAGAAGGGGACUCUGAUUCGCCUGUUUGACACUCAGAGCAAGGUGAAGCUCGUGGAGUUGAGGCGGGGUGCUGACCCAGCCACGCUCUACUGCAUCAACUUCAGCCACGAUUCGUCCUUCCUGUGCGUGUCGAGCGACAAGGGCACGGUGCACGUGUUUGCUCUCAAAGACACGCACCUCAAUCGCACCUCCACUCUGGCACGAGUGGGCAAGGUGGGGCCGGUCAUCGGGCAGUACGUGGACUCCCAGUGGAGCCUCGCUUCCUUCACGGUGCCAGCCGAGUGCUCCUGCGUGUGCGCGUUCGGACGCAAUGCGGCCAAGAGCACCAACUCGGUGAUCGCCGCGUGUGUGGAUGGCACGUUCCACAAGUACAUGUUCACGCCGGAAGGGAGCUGCAAUCGCGAAGCCUUUGACAUCUACCUGGACAUCGGGGACGACGAUGACUUCUGAGCGUUCGGCAACCGCCGUGUGGGAGCUUCCUCGUCCACGAGGCCCGACUCGGCUGGGUGGGGAUUGCGAGGGGCGCCGGUGCCUAUGUCACCAGCAUCGGCCUCCCGUCUCAACGCUCCACCGCUGUCAUUGGGAGCUGUGUGGGGCUUGGCCAAAAAUAUAUCUGCAACAAGAACCUUCGUUACGGAAAAUAAGAUUCUCCGCUGAGCUUCAGAAAAAAAAAAUUCCAGUAGUUUUUCUUGAGUCGAAAGUAAAACAUAGUCUUCCUUUGAAUGGUGUAUUGCUCAGAGAAAGAUAAAUAUCUUGUUAAGUUAUUAAUUUAGUGGAUUUAAUGAUGCCUGGUGGUAGGUGUUUGAGAAGAGAAGUGUAGUUGGCAUUUCCAUUGAGAGCCUCAUUUGUCAAGCUAUGUGACGGGAGGAACAUUCGCUCUUCUGCGCAUAAUCUGAAGCUGGUCGUGCUUAGCUCAACGCAUCAAUAGCUGUAAUAUUUAGAGAAAUAGAACAGUUGUGGUCUUAAAUAAUUUUCUAGUUUAAAAUGUCUGGAGAGUUUUAUGUCUGGCUUGCGUUUCAUGUAGUGAUAUUCUGAAGAUGGUCACGAUUUCUUUCAACAUGUAGCCUCUUGAAAUCUUUAUCAUUUCUGUUGAGAUUUACUGUUUGCACCUUUUAAACUUAAAAUUGACUAGAGCGUAUGAAGCUUUGUUCACGGAGGACGUUUUAAGCCGCUCCAAAGUCUGCACCGCUGAUAUAGUCAGGCAAUAUAUCAUCACUUUCUUUAAUUGCCUUAUGCAACAGUCAUUUCCAGUGCGAUCAAAACUUUCAUGAAGUUUCACAAUGACAUUUUACUAUAUUUUAAGGUGAGAAAUCAUGCUAAUAAUGCACUACUUGUAGCCAGAACGCGCUUCAGUGUUUUGAGCGCUGGGGUGAGUUGGACAGUGGAAAGGGGAAGGGAGGAGGGUAGGGAGUCGAUGAGAAUUGACUGAAACAUUAUUUUAUAAGUUCAUCAACGGGCUCAUAUCCCGGUGCAGCUCGUAUAAUCUCCAUUAAUAUCUAUGCCUGACCUUGGACCUCUGAAGUUCUUGAGACCGAUUCACUUUUAUCUCCUCAUCCGAAGGGAGGACAAGCAACGGCAGCACGAUACUUGAUGGCGCAGAGGUUAAAACGAUCGUCGCAAGACACCGACUCCUCUCGGCCCUUUGUGGCCAGUGCUCUUCCCAGCCCAUGUUGCGGUUGCCUGUUUUACACAAUGUACCGUGUGGCAUAAGCUGAAGGACGCACCCAGGCUCGGGACUACUGGCUGCACCCCGCCACAGCGUUCCUCGUGUUUCGCCACACCGACGUCGUGACUUGAUCCAGUACUCGCUGGCAACAAUUCUGCAGCACUCUGCGCUUGCAACUGCUCGUGGAGAGAUGGAUUACUCGCCACUCGCGAGCCCGGUUCCGAGAGGGGGGGGGGGGUAUCGCUUUUAGUUGUGCAGGUUGCCUGCCGCCACUUUCAGUGAAGGCCUGUGCUGUUGUCGCGUUUUAUGCUUUUGCACACCGUGUGACGACGCCAUUGCUAAAUGUUUACAGCUGUAAUGCGCGCCGACAUGACCUCCAGCGCGACUGGUGUUGACCUUGCGUUUGUACAUUUCGGGCACUAUGGUGACAUGACAGUGAUGCUAACAAAUACUACACGCUCAGUAUUUUACUUUUUUUAUAUAUUAGCACGUUUUACAGUAGCAGUACUGUACCGAUAAUAUCAGUUUGAAAAGAAACGAUUAUUUUAAACGUAUCGGUAAUGUGCAAUGCUGACCUCUGUUUUGUAAGCUCACCGUGUUGAACCAUGCAACGUUAUUGCUAAUGCCAAUUGUGGGUGGCGGUCAGAUGUAUGCUUAUCACGGGUUUUUGUUAUAUUGCCUCACCACGUCUGCUACGUUAUGCAGAUAACACCAUUGCGUAAAUCGUGUCUCCAUAUAAAUCAUGCCGAUACACUGUACGUGCUGAUGUGGCGGAUAGUUCACUUGGCAACAUCCGGGUAAUGGCAGUGAAGUUACGAGCUGCAUUCUCUAUCUGCCUAUUUUGUCCAGCGAGAAGCUGCUGUAGGAGAAAAGCCGACAGCUUAUUUUCCGACCACGACAGCGAAACACGUCAACGGUUGAAUCUGGGUUCCUUGUGUGACGGCAUAAUCUAUCGCAGCCGCAUACACCUAUUGUGGUUAUCUUUAUUUUUUUGAAGCUCUUGGUUUUGUCUAGAACUGUCAUCCCCGCUUGCACCCGAGCCCAGUCCUCACUUCUCUCCGAUGUGUUUUCACGUUGUACCGUGUGUCAUUUGGCACGUGGUUCAACCCGGAAGCACAUCGAAGUGAUGGACAGCACAACCUCGAAAACCGACAGUCUUAGCAGUGGUAGCACUUUAUAGAUUUGAAGUCUUCGUGACUGCAAGGAUCCAUAUUCUUUGGUUCUUUCGGUAAAGUCACGUUGGUGAAAAAUUUCGUCAGAUUCACCUACGUGACUUUACCAAAAGAACCAAAGAAUAUAGUGGUAGCACUCCUAUUUUUUUUUUAAAUCCAGCGUGGUGAACAAGUAGCAGUCUUUACAAUUCCCUGUCUCAUGCAGGAACAAGCUUGGAGAAUUAAUUUUCGCAACAGCUUGAUAAUGCUGGCCAUGCUACAGGUGGUGUACUUGUAUGAUCCACUUCUGGUUACGCAUGGAGCCUAGCGACAGCUUGGCUUAAUAGAAAUAAUAACGAUGGCAUUACAAAUGGGCACGCAUUGCAAACUGUUCCGCUUGACAGCAUUGUUAGAAUGAGUGUUCUAUUGAUGCUGCACAAUUGCAUUAUUAUUCUGGUAUACUGUAUGGGAUUUAAUCGGUUAUAUAUAUGGUAGCUAUACAAAGCAGUAUUGUACGAGUUCAAAGUCGGUGUAAUAUCUUGAUAUUUUGCAUGUUACAGAACAUUCGUUUCAGUUUAAUAUACAAGAAUAACAGUGGCAUAGCGAGGUUUGCGUUUGGCUCCUGGUGCAAGGAAUGAAUUGUGGCCCUCUGUUCAAUAUCACCCCCUCUCUGUAGCUGGCGCCUCGGCCCCCCGGCCUUUGGGUCCCGGUGCAGUUGCACCUCCUGCACCCUCCACAACUAUGCCACUGCGAUCCGAUUAAUUAUAGCUCAAACCUUUUUGGGUAGUCUUUUUGAGCCCCAACAAAAUUGCAUUGAGGUGCACAGUUCAUGAUGAUUCAUAAUUGCAACUUGCCUCUAUUGGUUAAUGUUUGCGUUCAGAUUCCAAAAAAAGGCAGUGUGGUGAACAGUCUUGAUUUUAUAUGAUUUAAUUGCCUGACGAAAGUACGUUAAAAUGCAACUCGUAAAAAUACUAAAGCUGCCAUUUUCGUUUACCAUCUGGCCAUUUGGGAAGAGUUAUACAUCUGCUGAACAGAGAUGAGUUCCAAGGACUGGGUCCUCGAAACCAGUGUGUGCUUUGUGUGCGCUCUGUUUUUAUACGCUAACGGCACGGAUUAUUCUGAAGCUUCACAUAAGUGCAAGACUCGAAUUCACAGUUGUAGUUGAAACGAAUGCAGCAGCUGCACACAUCUGUGCUGCGUGCAGCGGCGGUGUGUAAUAAUCGUGUUGACUUCACGCUGCUCAUGUUUACGUUUCCACGCUGAGUUAGUUUUUUUUUAUAUUUUACGUUUUUGAGUGAGAGUCGUACUGACUGAUGGAGAGUUGCUUUGUCAAAGCAAUUUUGCACUCGAGUUCCCGGCAUCUGUGUAUAAAUUCCGUGGGACAGCUCUCCAUGCAAAAGGUGCUUAGAAUGGGAAGAAAGAAACUGGCGCUACCUUUCGUGUAAACGGCGAGCGGUGUUGCGAACUGGUGUGUGAACAGAUUGCCGGGUUCGUUCGAGUCAUAUGGUGGUGUGAUUUGCCGAUGACCCAAUCGCCGGGAAUGUGUCCAAUUUCGUCAGAUCUCGGAAGUUUCGCAGGGUUCAGCCUAUUACCCUGUAUAGUGCUUGGGUGGGUGACCACCAUGCACAGAUUGUCAUAGGGUUUGUGUGAGGCUUUGUGGUGAACAGUAGAGAGCAGUACAGCAAAAUCUAUCGCCGCGCCCCACCUUAAACCUACAAAGACCAGCAAUGGUGGAGUAUGGUCCAAUAACUCCCCAAGGCCUGCACAGGAGUGGGGGGGGGGCCUCAUCUAGCAGUGGAUUGACAAGAAGGGGCUGUACUUGUACCCGGCGCUGCGAUAAUGCGGUGGCGUUCAACGCAUCCCGAGCGGUUGUGGAAGAUUCGUGAACAUUGCACCUUUGGAGGGCUCUUCACAAGCGACAUUUCAAAGUAGCAUACUGUAGUAGGAAAACGUGUGGUCAGCAUGAGCGUUGUAGGGCGCAUCUAUCUUCCUCCGUUGUCAAUGUUUAUUAUGCCUGCUGCAACAGCCACUGCCCGAAAAACGUUCAUAAAGACUUGUAGCUAAGAACUGGCCUUUCCGAUUAUUAAAGUAGUCGAUUACUCUAAUAAUCAGAUUACACGAGAAUAGUUUGGGAGGGGGGAAAAAGUCUCGCCUCACAUUCCCACGUGUGCCGCUGGACGGGAGGUGGUGGUGGGUUCGGGGCUUGGUGACUUAAUCGGCAUCAGCCAGGUCGCGCUGGCCGUGGCUUUUCAGGGUUUUCCCGGCCUCGGGGAGGCAGGGUGUAGGGACGGUUGUCAUUUUUAAAGCCGCCUGAGUAAUCGAACACAAGUGGCUACUUUAAAAAGAAAAAGGUAAUUAAUCGACUUUAUCCUCCCAGCUCCACGUGCAACGUACAACUCUCCAGGUGUAUGAUACUGUAUAUAGCAUAGUGUAGUUUGGACAUUCGAAGGCUGGUCAAAACGAUUUGAGAAUAAAACAUUUAGGUGUGCACAGACUUCAUUUUUAACGAAGGAAUAACCAAACAUCAAUGCAAAUGUUGAUUACUAUACAGGGUGUUUGAAAAAGAUGGACCCAAUUUCAAAGCAGUAUAUUUCACGAUGGCAACAUGUUACAAUUACACAAACAGCUACAAACGGUUUCAUGCGUUAUCAUGUUUUACUAACCAUUUUAUAAAACUGUGCCCUCCACCUGCUGUAUGGACAACAUUGAGACGAUAGUUGAAUUCAUCCCAAACGCCUCUCUUCUCACGUUUUCCUCUGAGGUGCGUGGUCGCCCUGUGCUCUUCCCCUUACAUCAACAGCAGCCCGUUUCCUCAAAUUGUAGGUACCAGCGACGAGUGCUCUUUGACAUUGGCGGAUCAAUGCCAAAACGCUGUUGAAACGCACGCUGCACCGCAAUUACGGAUUCGGUCUCGCUGAACUGUUAUGGGGGUCACCAACUUACGAAUGACUGAGGCUGGGGGCUGUUUGUGUGCUGGGAGAGGCAUCUAGCGGUCAUCUUUUGAAACUCGAUGCCCCGUCCUUUCAAGUGGUAAUAGUUUCAUUCAUGGGCGUUUCGUGGUUGCAGAGAUAUAGCGAUUUCACAUCGGGUCCAAGUUUUUGAAACACCCUGUAUAUAACGAGAAUAAGCCUAUCAUUACAUCAUUGUUUUUUUGUAUUGUCAAAACUUAUUGACAGCACUCGACUUCACAUGUGCAGCACUGUGUACGUGUAUCCACGCGUUGUGUGUAUGUAUACCCACAGAAACAUACAUAUUAAACACAAUAAACGGUACACACUGUGCCUUUUUGAAUUUAA